GCUCCAUUCUGGUGGCACUGAGAGUCUACGUUUUGAGUAUAAGAUGAAGAUCAUGUAGAGGGUGUGCAGGAACAACUCUUCAGAAGGUCUUCUUACAAUUGAGUCGUAAUAGUAGUACAAUCCUCUUCCCCUCCCGGCCAACUUUCGUGCUAGCGCUCGUGAGUGAUCGAAACCUAGUGCCAACGCGUCCACGCCCGACUUGCUCAUUUCGUUCUUCAUUUUCUUCCAUCUCUUCUCUUGUCUGAUUUCUCUACCAUGUCUGCUUUCCUACGUCGUUUCGCUACUUCGGCCGUGUUGGCAAAUGCUAAGCCAAUGCCGAAGUUAUCAAAAGGGCCCAAUGUCUUCUUUGACAUUACCAUGGACUCAAAACCCGCUGGUCGGAUAACCUUCAAGCUCUUUGACGAGAUUGUCCCCAAGACAGCAAAGAAUUUCCGCGAGCUGGCAACUGGCCAGCACGGGUUUGGAUUUGCGGGAAGCAGCUUCCACAGGAUCAUUCCAGGGUUCAUGCUCCAGGGUGGUGACUUCACCCGUCACAAUGGCACCGGCGGAAGGUCGAUUUACGGCGAGAAGUUUGAAGACGAAAACUUCAAGCUUCGCCACGACAAGCCGGGCCUUCUGUCCAUGGCGAAUGCCGGAUCCAAUACCAAUGGUUCUCAGUUCUUCAUCACCACUGUUGUGACAUCGUGGCUGGAUGGCAGGCAUGUCGUUUUCGGUGAAGUUGUUGACGGUAUGGAUCUUGUAAAAACGAUCGAGGGUGUCGGCAGCCCAUCAGGCCGCCCUUCCUCCAAGGUCACAAUCGCUGCGUCUGGUGUCACUGAGGAAUCGAAGGAAGCUCAAUAGAUUUUCAGCCAGAUCCUGACUCACUAUGCAUUAUACUCAGCUAAUAGAGACUAUUUCCACCCCACUCCCCUC